AUGAUGGUUCAGUUAGUGGUUGUGGAAAUAGGAACAAGUUUUUUAGUAAUAAAAAAUUUAAGGGGAAAUAGUAAAAGGAGUGGUGAUGCUCCAGAAGUGAAGGAGAUGUGGGAUACUAUUGUCGGAGGCGAUUCAAAGGAAGAGAAAAAGGGUAUAAAAAAGGAGCUGGAUGAUGAUUACUUCAUAGAUGAUAGCGGUGUCGAUCCAGUAAAUCGUCAUGGAAGCAACCGUUGUGGUUAUUCUUCAAGACGUGCUCCUAAGGCUGAGGAGGGUGAAGAAGAUGAUGAGAUCAAGGAACUUUUCAAGAUGGGCAAGAAAAAGAAGAAGACUGAGAAAACUGCUAUGGAGAUUGCAAUUGUUGUCGAAAAGAUCAUGGCUGAACUUGAAGUUGUAGCAGAAGAAGACGCAAAUCUGAAUAGGGCAUCGAAACCAGCAAUUAAUAAACUCAUAAAGCUUCCUUUUCUAAUUGAAGCUCUAUCUAAGUGGCUGGCUAAGUGCAUUGUUCGCACAAGAAACAACUUCAACCGGAGUUCCUGGAUCACAGAGUUCUAA